UACUUCCUCCACACAGGAGUGAAGAAGCUGCCGGCCUUCACGACAGUUCUCAUCGUGUUACGGUAACGUAAAGUGUCGCAGCAGAAGUAAACAUGUGGAGAGUUCAGUAGCCAAAUAACAAAAACACCUGAUGGAGAACUACAGUAAAGCUCGGACGGUGGAGCAGCCCUGCGUCUGUCCGUUCCCCGGCCUCCCCCCCGACACGCCGGAGGUCCGCGUCAGAGACGGCAGCAAGAUCCGCAACCUGCUGCGUUACGCUCUGAGCCGCGUGGAGGCCAAACCGCGGCCCGCGCCCACGCCCGAGGCCGGGACCGUGGCUGCCGAGGGACAACCGGAAGCAGCAGCAGCAGCAGCAGCAGCAGCGGCGGCAGCGGGCCGGCCGCUCUGCAAACACGUCGUCUUCACGGCGACCGGGAAAGGCGUGUCCAAGGCGGUCACGUGCGUGGAGAUCGUGAAGCGGCGCGUGAAGGGGCUGCACCAGCUCACGCGGCUGCUGUUCAGCCGCGUGGACGAGGUGUGGGAGCCGCUGGAGCCCGCCGCGGGCCUCGACAGCCUCACGGUCAGCAGGAACGUGCCCGCCAUCUGGAUCCUGCUCUGCAGGGAGCCGCUGGACGCCAGCCAGCCCGGGUACCAGGCGCCGGGCUGCUACGACGCCCUGUGGGCUCAGGCAGCCAGCAGGGAGGAGGCAGCAGCGGGGCUCAGCCGACAGAGACUGGGACACAAGAGGAAGAAGGGAGGAGGAGGAGGAGGA